AUGACGACAAAGCGCCGCAAUCACGGACGUUCCAAGCCCCCAAGCUCCCGCGGCCGCACCACACCCGUGCACUGCUUCAACUGCAGCCGCCUCGCCCCGAAGGAUAAGGCCGUCCGCCGCUUUGUGGUGCGCCGCAUGUUGGACCAGGCGUCCGCCCGCGAUGUCGCCGAGGCGUCUAACAUCUACGGCGCUGGUUUCCCAAUGCCAAAGCUGUACAUGAAGCAGCGCUACUGCAUUGCGUGCGCUAUUCACAGCCGCACUGUGCGUGCCAGGCCCGUGGAGCAGCGCAAGCGCCGCUACACAACGAAGGUGCCUUAUCGCCCGAAUGCUGGUAAGUAA